AUGCCGCAGAGACACUCGAAGAACAACAACGAUCUAGCGUUCUUCACUUACGAUGAGAAGAGGAAGCUCGGCUACGGGACGCAGAGGGAGCGGCUGGGCAAGGACUCGAUCAAGCCCUUCGACGCCUGCAGCCUCUGCUUGAAGCCCUUCAUCAGUCCCAUGUCUUGUCCCAAAGGUCACGUCUUUUGUAAAGAAUGCAUCCUCGAGUGCCUCCUCGCCCAGAAGAAAGACAUCAUUCGGAAACAAGCCGCCCAUGAGUUACAGAAAAAGCAGGACAAGGAAGAGGAACAAGAUAAGUUAGCGGCUCAGAGAGCUCGAGAACUUGACGCGUUCGACCAGCAGAACCACGGUGCAGUUCCACAGUACAGCAACGACAGCCGAAACCGUAACCAAGACAAGAACGGUUUCCACGGUGCUAACAGCGUGAAGACAACCUCCUUCGAAGAGGAAGCCCUUCGUACGAUGAAAGCCUUCUGGCUUCCCUCAGCAACACCAGAAGCCACCGUUAAAGUGGAUGCUCCGUCCUCCCACACAACAUGCCCCGAGGGGAACGAGAAGCUUAAAAUGAAGAGCCUCUUCCCCAUCUAUCUAACUGAAGACACGAGUGAGGGUGACAGGGGCUCUCUCGAUAAGAGCUAUCUCUGUCCGAGUUGUAAGGUCACCCUGACCAACACGCUAACGCUUGUUGCUGUGAGCUCAUGCGGCCAUGUGUUCUGCAAGAAGUGUGCCGAUAAGUUCUUGGCGGUGGACAAGGUUUGCUUGGAGUGCAGCAAGGGGUGCAAAGGGAGGGAUUUGGUGCAGUUGGAGAAGGGCGGGACUGGGUUUGCAGGUCACGACGAGGGUCUUGUGGCUACGGAUUUCAAGCAUUUGGGUAGUGGUUCGGGUUUGGGACUUGUGAGGCCUUCUUCGAAAGUUUGA